AUGGAGCCAGGCUCGAUCACCCAGAAGCUCUUCGAGGUCUAUCUCCGACUGCGACCCCCGUAUCCAGGCGCGCCCCAGACCGAGCCCAUUCUCCACGUCGAAGACCCUCACGAUAACCUGCAUCCGUCCCACAUCACGCUGAACCCGCCCGCGGAUCGACGGAGGGCCAUUGAGCGGUUUGGCUUCACGCAGGUCUUUGAGGAGGACGCCAGCCAGCUCGAUGUUUUCCACUGCACGGAUACGUCGUCUCUGAUUGAGGGCGUGCUGGCGCCUCAGGGCGGCGACGGAACAGAUGCCGUCGUGGCCACGCUUGGUGUCACCGGCUCAGGCAAGACGCAUACGAUCCUCGGCAGCCGUAACCAGCGCGGCCUCGCCCAGCUGGCGAUCGACGUCAUCUUCCGCUCCAUCAUCGACAACAUGGUCGAAUCCGCCCAGUCGCCCACCCUCGACUCUCUCCAAGCCUGCGAUGCCUCGGAAGCCACGCUCGUCACGGCGCCAUACUUUCUCGACACGAUGAACUCCGAUCAGGGGCCGACGUACCGCGGCUCCGGCUCUCGAUCAACCACACCCAUGAUGGUACGAAACAAGUCAACCCUCUCGCCUUCCAAGACCAACACUCCCAGUAAAAUGCGGCCAAAAUUGCAGCAAAUGCCCGGCUCCUUUCCGGAUUCAGACGUCGCAAGCCCGAAAAGUCAUUCUCCCGACGUCAGCGACUUUAUCGUGCCCUGCGAUCCCGCCGCCGAAUAUGUCGUUGUUGUGUCCAUGUACGAAGUUCACAACGACCGCAUCUACGAUCUCCUCACUCCCGCCAGCAAGUCACCGGCCAGCAAGGACUACCGUCGCCGACCCCUUUUGUACAAGCCCACGGAGCUCUCCCCCGAUCGCAAGGUGGUGGCUGGUCUCCGCAAGGUUGUGUGUACUGAUGCGAGAGAGGCCCUCUUGGUGCUCGAGGCUGGUCUACAGGAACGACGAGUAGCUGGCACGGGGAGCAACAGCGUCUCCAGCAGGAGCCACGGAUUUUUUUGCUUCGAGGUCAAGAAGAGGGCCUUUGGCUGGAAGAACAACUCUUGGAGCGGUAGCAAGCUGACGGUUGUCGACCUGGCGGGAAGUGAGAGGGCGAGGGACGCAAAGACUCAGGGCGCAACGCUGGUGGAAGCGGGCAAGAUUAACGAGAGCCUCAUGUAUCUCGGACAGUGUCUCCAGAGCCAAAGUGAGAUUAGUUCUGGCAAGCAGCCCAACGUUGUCCCGUACAGACAGUGCAAGCUCACUGAGAUCCUCUUCUCCAACUCGUUCCCAUCAGCGGCGGGAGGAUACAACCACAUUCCUCGCCGAAACCCCCAGCGAGGCAUCAUGAUUGUCACGGCAGACCCCCUGGGCGACUUCAACGCAACAUCCCAGAUCCUGCGCUACAGCGCUCUUGCUCGAGACGUCACUGUUCCUCGCGCGCCCUCGUUCAGCGUCAACAUGCUGGCGCCGAGCCCGACGCACUCGACGCAGCACACCAGGCCGUUUGGCAAUACCGGGUUCGGCUCCACGAGAAGCCACUUUUCGCCUGCCAAUGCCACGGAGGAAAGGGUAACUAUGGAGAUUGCCGCGCUGGAGAUUGCCAGGAUGAGCGAUGAGAUUGAGCAGCUGCGCGACGAGAUCGAAGUGCAGAGCGAGGCACGAAUUGCGGCUGAGGCUCACCUCCUUAGCACGGAGGAUCGCAUGAUUGACAUGGAGGCCGCCGUUCGCGAAGAGUGCGCGAUUGAGUUUGAGCAGCGCCUUGCCAUUGAACUGGCACGCUUCAAGGCCUCGAUGCAGAUUGAAAAGGAGCGCCACGAGGAGCACUGGGACCGCAAGGUGGACAUACUCGAGCGCGGCCUGGACACGGGCUUUAUGGAGGAGGACUUUGACAAGGAGAACGUGCUCGUGGAGAAUCUGACGCAGGAGGUGGAGCGGCUGAGGCGGGAGAACGCGAUCCUCAAGAGGGAGCUCGCGAACCGCAGCCCCAGCAAGCGGAAGCCGCUCGAGGAGAGGGAGGACUUUCCGAGCGGAUCCUCGAGCAAGCACGACAACUUGACUGUGUCGACGCUUGGGAGGAAGCUGGAGCGGAUCAAGAUUAGUGAUGGGUCGAAGCCGGGCAGUCCAAAGAAGAUACGGAGGUUGGUUGCCCGGCGGUGGGAGGAGUCGGACGAGGCGUAG